CAUGAAAUGCUCAAAUCACACACUUUAGUCAUUGGAACUUGGAGAUUAUGAUUAUAUAGCAUAUUAUGAUAUGAAUACAUUUUUGUUUUAAAAUUCCCAAAUUAUCAAACGAUUAAAAAAAAAAAAAAAUUAAAUACAAUGAAUACGUUUUUAGUGUUUUCGUCACUUAUAGUUAUCUUGGGAGGAGCAUGUUUUCAGAGCAUUAAUGCAAAUGGUCAGUUUUGUAUUGAAACUAAAAAUUUCACUGGCCAAUGGUAUGCAGUUAUGGCAACUGGAUGCUCAGAUGGCAAAGACUGUAAUAUUUUCACAUAUAACGAAGUCCCAUGCAAUUGUAUAUCAGCAUACUUUAGUCCUCUUCUGAAGGACAGUAGCUGGUUAGUGUACAUGAAUGCGAUCAACAACCAAUCUCUUACAUUAACAGUAGAUAUGGGGGGUGCGUCGGUGACGGCAGACGAUAAAACCAUUCAAGGUUUUAUUUUAAGUCGAGCUACAAUGCCAUUGAGCGUAGUGUCAGCAUCGGAAUGCUCAAUUACUAAAAAAGUUGUUGGACAUAAAUUUAAUUUAAGGUUUAGAAUGACCAUUAUCGGCUCUAAUGUCGAGCACAGAUAUAUGAUCACCACAAUGUCCGAAAUUGAUAAAAACAAUCAAGACAAGGGCAAACCGUUAACAGUUAUUUGGUGUCGUGUAAGAACGCCUGGUAAAAAUACUAUCUGGCGCCAAAUAGUAUUGCACUUUAAAAAUCUUGGAUUAGAUAUCCACAAAUUAAAGUUCAUUAACCAGAUAGGUUGUCGAUAUCCAACGCAAAAACAAUACAACGAAAUGUUUUUCUGCUAGUAAUCAAAACUAUUCGAUAUUGUAAAUUUAUUUAAAGUAUAGUAAAUCACAAAAUAUAAUAUAUAUGUAUYAUUGUACCUACU